AUGGACUACAAAAGUGAUAGUGAAAGUGAUAUAUCAUUUUCAUGUGAAUCUAAUGAUUGGUUAGUUAUGUCUCAGUGCUCGCAGACAUCAAUGGUCGGCCAUUUGAAUGCUAUUGACAUCAAUAGUGAUGAAUCCAAUACAUGUGAAUCACCGGAUCUGAUCAAUACAUUAGACGAUUACUCUCUUUUACUUAUUUUGUCUAAAUUGUCUUUUGUCGAGAAGAUUAUCGCACAGAAGGUGUGCAAAAAGUGGCGACAAUUGGUUUUCCAACUGAUUCGCUGUCAAUCAUCUCUUGGUGUUGCUAUCAGUUUUGCCGUCUGUGAUGACCCCAAACAUCAGGUCUCAAGUGCUGAAUGUAUUGGAGAUGAGUUUGUUAGCGCUGUAGAAGACAAUACAAAGUGGUAUUUUGUUACCGCAAAGAAUCUGUCGACUGUAUUGUCAAAGUGUCCAAACCUGAAGUCACUGAUGCUUCAGAAUUGUAUCUUUUGUCGUGAAGUGUUGGAAGUCUUCACAAGAGACUGUUCAUCAUAUUUAGAGCAUUUGGAUCUUAGCUAUAGUUCUUGUAAUAUCAAUGAAAUCUUACAAAUUCUGAGCGACAAGUGUUGUGAUACUUUAAAACACGUUAUGCUUAAAGACAAUGAAAUCAAUGAAAAUGCACUCAAAUGUCUGAUCAAAUCGUGUAAAGAACUUGAAGUUCUUGUAUUAGAUCAGAAUAUUGAGAUAACUGGCAAUUGUUUCAAUCUGUUUGGUGAUAAAAUCAGUCGUUUAUCUAUAGUUGAUUGCAUUAGUAUUGAUGAAUCUGGUAUUAAAGCAUUGGUAUCGGGAAAUGGCAAACAUAUAAAACAUCUUCAAAUCGGAGAUUCAAUGAGAGCUGCAAUGUUUCAAAUCAUUUGYGAACAAAUGAUUUCUUUGACAACACUUGAGUUUAACGGAUUCAAAGCUGAUUCUGCAAUCAAUGCCAACUCUUACAAUUUGAUCGCCAAUUUGCAGUCAUUACAAGAAUUGGUUUUAACUGUAACUCGAAUACCAUUUGACACACAAUUUAUUAUAAUUAUUGGCGGCUGUCGUCAGUUAAAAAAGAUCAAAAUCGAUGGUCCAAUCAUUACGGAUACAGCAAUCAAACAAAUUCCAGCCAAUUGUCCAAAUGUGGAGCAAAUAUCAAUCAAUCCUUUGGACAAUUUCACCAACAGUUUCAUUACUGAUGAAUGUCGUUAUGAAUUGGUAUCACUUCGUCAACUAAAGAGUCUCUCUCUAUGUUCUUCUUCAAUCACCGACAUCUUUGUCGAAGAGAUAACAAGAUAUUCUCGAUUGUCUUUCAUUGAAUUAGAUUCUUGUAAUUUAAUAACUAAUAAGUCAUUGGAUUUAUUCAUUGAAAUGGCAAUUUCGCGACCAAACGAUAAGAUAAUGGUUUUUGUUAAAAAUACUAAUUUAACUAAACCUACUCUUGACUUACCAUCAAAUCUCUAUGUUUUAAAUACUACUUUUAUCUAA